AUGAUUGAAAUUUUAUAUAAUGGAGGGGAGUUUCUUGAUAUUGUUACUGAAGAUAAUAUGGAAAAUAUUUUAAAAUUAAACGCUACAGACAUUCAACGAAAGACGAUCUGGUGAAGCAUAAGCAAAUUAAGCUGCAACGAAGUAAAUGAAGCUAUUGAAAAUAUUUAUAAAAGACCUUUUAUGGCUUCUUUAAUAGCAGAAAUAGAAGAUGAAUUUGAAUCAAACGAGCUUUCAUUUUUCAGACAUAGUUCUUCAAAUUUUGCAACUAUAAACUUAGAUAAUUUCCAGAUUUUUUCUACAGUAACUCUCCCAACACAAGAAUCAAUCCAUGGGUAUACAGGAAGCUGCAUACUUCCUGAUAAAACUUAUUUUUAUUGCUGCAAUAAUAAUUCUAGUUCAGGCACCACAUUUACGAUCGACAAAAAUAAAAAUUUAAAGCAGCUGCAAAACUCAAAGAUCAAUUAUCAUGUUAAUCCUAUAUUUUUCAAUAAUUAUGUUUAUUUAAUAGGAGGUAACAAUAAUCUGGCUGAAAGGUAUGAUUUUAAACAAAAUGUGUGAGAAAGUAUGGCUCCUCUACCCCAAGGUUUAAGUUUUCAGUAUAGCUCCAAUGCGCGAUUUAGAGAUUCAAUAUUUAUAACAAGCCAUAGUCUUCAAAAAGUAAUAGUUUAUAGCAUUCCCCAAAAUAACUACUAA